AUGGGAAAGGAGAGUUUCACUCUCAAAGACCUGAUGACUAUCACCGCUACUGUGAUGAUGAUCUGCCUUGUUCAAAAGUCUUACAAAUAUUUCUCCUCUCGUGCGGCGAAGAUCCCUGUCUCUGUCAAUUACCAUUUCAGCAGAGUGUGCAACAAAAAGUGUGGCUUUUGUUUCCACACAGCAUCAACUUCCUACAUUGAGACUCCGGGAAAUGCAAAGCGUGGUCUUCUCGCACUCAAGGCCGCCGGCAUGAAGAAGAUCAACUUUGCGGGUGGCGAGCCCUUCAUGCACCGGAAGUUCCUUGGUCAGAUGAUUGAUUACUGCAAAGAAGUUAUUCAUCUCGAAUCUGUCUCUAUCGUUACAAAUGGAAGCCUCGUCACCGACGCCUUCUUGGCUAAGCACGGAAAGCAUAUCGACAUUCUCGCUGUUUCUUGUGAUUCUUUCAACGAAGCCACAAACACCAAAAUUGGUCGCGGAUCAGGCAAUCCAGUAGACAAGCUCUAUGAGAUUCGGGAUCUAUGCAAGAAACACGGAAUCAAGUUCAAGCUUAACACCGUCGUAUGCAAGCUGAACUUCGAGGAAGACAUGAACCAGUUCAUCAAUGACUUGCAGCCUUUUCGUUGGAAAUGCUUUCAGGUGCUGAUUGUGGAGGGAGAAAAUGACUCUUCAGAGACUCUCAGAGAUGCUCGCAAGUUCACCAUCACCGAUGAACAAUACGAACGUUUCUGUGCCAGACAUCGCCUUCAGAAGUCUUUCGUUGCCGAGCCCAACAGCCUUAUGGCGAAAACAUACCUCAUCCUUGACGAGUACAUGCGCUUCCUCGAUCGAACCGGAAAAGAACCGUCAGAGUCAAUCUUGAAAGUUGGGGUUAAGGACGCCCUUGACAGUGUCUAUUGGGGCGAGACCGGUUUUGUGUCUAGGGGAGGUGUCUAUGACUGGACUCGCGAUAAGCUUUCUUGUGCUGAGAAAGGUCCGGAGCUUGAAUGGUGA